CAAAAACAGAGCAUCUUCCAGACUUGACCACCUUGACCGUUCACAAGUCACAGCCAUCCUCGCCUCCGCUCGCUGGCCCGCCUGCCUAUACACCCACAGCGCCAUCAGCCAGGUUUCCACAACAGAAGAACAAAAAUCUUUUGUCUUGGGUUAGGAGGAACCCGGGCGAGACCAAGAGAGAUGGCCGGCCGCAACUUGAGCGCUGCCGGAGCAAAGGAGGAGGAGGGGGAGCAUGCCAUUGCCAGACCGCCCAAGAUCGACGUGGAUACGCUCUGCCUACUCUACAUGCUGCUUCUCAUGACGAUCUGGAUGUCCUCGUUUCGGCUCCGGUGGCCGGUGCUGGUCACCUACUACGUCCCGGCCAUGGAAGCCGUGGUCACCUGCUUCUUCUUCGCGUUCGUCACCGUCCAGCUGCAGGUGCUGCUUGCCAUCGCGCUGUCGGAGGAGCCCGAACCGUCGCUGCUUCCGCCUGCCGUGAACCAGUGGAUCAUGGCCCUCGCCGUGUGGAUGUUCGGGGUCCUCUACUACAUGAUCUACGCCUCCCUGAGCGACGGGUAUGCGGGCUACUGGGACCUGAUCAUGGCCGGGGUCGCGAGUGUUGUGAGCCUCGCCAUGACUGUCUACAACAUGCUGCAGCGCCCCGUCUUUGCCUAGCUGCGGAUCGACGAUGAUUGAGCAUCUUGGAACCUCAAGAGUGGCGACCUGAAGAAGGCCCAGACUUGCCCUUGCCUAUGGCUGUUUACCUAUUAUGUUACUAUUUUCGGCCUAGUGUUGGAUGUGCUAUGAGUAUGUUGUUGGUUCUCCAUCUACUAUCUGAACUCAGGAAGGAUUUGGCUUCAUUUUGGGGACAGGAUUAAUGUGUUAGUACCUGAUGUUUUUGUGAAAAAUAUCCUUUUAGGGAAUGUUUCAUGAAAAAAUUGUUGUGGGGAUGUGAUCUUUUUCUUGCAUUUUGGGCACUGGAUCAGUGCCG